AGGUUUUACAAGCGAAAAAUAAACCUGAAGAAUGAAUCAGUGGUUCUUCAUUUGUGUAAUGUUGACUAGCUCCACUUCCAUUAAAAUUAUCCAAUUGUUCACAGCUGAGGACAACGGAAAUCUAAGUCAUAUGGUUCGGAACAAUGACAGCUUGUUUGUUGGAGCCACAAACACACUAUAUCAAUUCGACCUUAAUCUAGACUUGGAAAUCAAGAUAAUCACUGGACCCCAAAAUGACUCAAAGAAAUGUGGAAUUAACUUAGAGAUGUGUUCGUACUUUUCCGAAUUGUCACCGAUUGACAACCAUAAUAAAAUUUUGUUGCUUCAUUCCGAUAGGCUUGUGAUAUGUGGAAGUUUAUUCCAAGGGAAAUGUGAAAUUAGAAAUGUGAAGAACAUAAGUGAAAUUGUUUUCACUGGAAGCACUUCAGUGGCUUCCAAUGAAGCAGAUGUAAACACCAUUGCAUUUAUUGCUCAAGUUCAGAAUAGUGAUACACAAAGAAUGGAACCAAUGAUUUAUGUGGCAACUGAAUUUACAAGGUUUGACAGGUCUAAGGAUUUCAUAGAAUUUAGACGUAGACGAUGGCAUCCCCCAGUUAUCACCCGACUAUUCAAUUUUUCACUUCGUGGAAAAGUUGCUUAUGAAUAUGAAUACAAAUAUGCGAAACCAGAUUUAAUAUCAUAUGUUAAUGGAUUUUCUUCAGGAAAUUACAGUUAUAUUUUAUUCAAUGAGAAGGAUCCAAUUGAUGGAUCUCACAACACUAAAAUUGUUCACAUGUGUAGGAUUGAUGACCUAUUGAGAACGUUUUUGGAAAUACCAUUGAUUUGCAAAUCAAAUAGCAAAACAUAUAAAAGUCUUAAGUCUGCAAAGCUAUUCAAACCUGGACUGAGUUUAUUGAUAUCACUGCAGGAACAGUUCCCUGAUCUGACGUCAGAAGAUGAUGUCAUUCUCGGACUUUUCAGUCAUAGUUUAGACAGCAGUUCAGCUUUAUGUAUGUUUAGUAUACCAAAUGUGGAAAAAACAGUUCUAAGCAAUGUUAAGACGUGUUUAAAUGGAAGCACAGUAUAUGAUGAUUAUAGAAGAAAAUAUAGAAAUGGAUUUCGAUGCAUAAAAAUAGACAUGGCUUUUUUUACUGAUGAUGAGUUGGUGUGCUCAAAUUACCUUCCUUUGCAAAAAGAUUUGAAAACUCCAGAAAUUGCUUCCCCAGUCAUCGAGUUUCAAGCAGCAGAAAACCAUUUUGAAACUUUGGCUAUUACUAUCACAGGAGACCACACUGUAGCAUUUCUUGGAACCUCUAGUGGACAUAUCAAAAAGGUGGUUCUGAAAACCUCUUGCAAAGCAGAGCUGUAUGAUUCUCCCAUUGUAGUGGACGAGGGUCAUACUAUAAAGCAGGAUAUGGUGUUUGAUGAUUCUCAGAUGUAUCUUUACGCCAUGAGUGACAGAAAAGUGGCCAAGAUUCCAGUUCAGAAUUGUUCCAAAUUCACAACAUGCAGGGUGUGUCUGUUAAGUAAUGACCCUUAUUGUGGUUGGUGUGUCCUUGGCAACACGUGUUCAUUAAAAAUUGAGUGUUACAAUCCUACUCCUAUUCGAUGGUUGUACGCUAACGCUCCAGAGCAAGAAGACAGAUGUAUCGAAAUCCUUAAUGCCUCCCCACCAAUGUUCCAUGUCUCACAAAACAUCACCUUAAAUCUAACAAUCAAAGAUUUGCCUCGAGAUGACAAUAUCUCCUACAACUGUGUGUUUAGCCUUCCUAACGGAGAUCAGAUAUUAUCCCCCGCUGUUCAGUGGAGCUUUGGUAUUGAGUGUAGAAACCCUAAUGUUGAAAAUCUAACACUGGACUUUUACAGCAGCCUUGGACAUAUCAGCAUAAGCCUGGGUGUUUUAUCUAUUGAGACAGAACAGUUGAUUGUGUCAACACCUUAUCUUAUCUACAACUGCAGUAGUUUCACAAAUUGUACUAGAUGUGUGGACAACGUGUAUUGGUGCGUCUGGUGUUUAACUGAAAACAAGUGUCAGUACAAGACAGAUCAGUGUUCUGGGGAGAAAGUAAAAAGUCGAAAAGCAAAUACACGUUUGUUACAUUUAUUCAAUGGUUUUAAGGCUUAUGAAAGCAAAGGAGGAAAAUCUUUUUGUCCAGCGGUGGAUACAAUUCAGACAGGUCCAUUAUUGAUAGAACAGGGGCAAUAUAAAACAAUCGUCAUACAAGGAAAUAAUUUCCCAGAACCAGACGAAUAUAGAGGUCAUCUAAAGUUACCAAAAAGGACACUGAAAGUAAAAGGCAGAAGAAAAUCAAGUACUCAGUUAUUUUUUCACAUCGGUAAGAUUAAAGACGUUUUACCCAAAGGCUCAUAUAAGGCAAUCAUGAAAGUUCUGUGGACAGAACAAGAAUUUAACAUUGAAACUAGUCAUUUAACAGUGACUUUGUACAGCUGUCCUGAUCAAGCCCUAGGAGACUGUACCUUCUGUAAGAAUCUGGCGCUCAGUAAUCCUGCAAUGAACUGUAAAUGGUGCAGUGAUCAAUGUGUCUACCGUCUAAACAACUGUUCAGAAUCAAUAUAUCCAGUACCAAUUGUAAACAAUAUUCAUCCAACGGAUGGUUCGAUUGAUGGUGGUACCCACAUAACAAUCAUCGGGACACAUAUUGGGAUGUCAAGAGAACAAAUUGAUAAUAUCACUGUGGCUGGUGUUUUAUGCUCAGACAUUUCUGUAUCGGAUCGCAUUGUACAUUGUGUUACGGGACCAAGCAUUGUUUCUUCUGGACCAAUAAUUCUAAGUGUCAACGGACAGCUUGGAGUCAGUUCAGCAAAGUUUAUUUAUAAGGAUCCACAACUAUUAGGUCUGUCUCCUGCUGAAGUCUUACAAUCUGUGGGAAGAUCCAUCACCUUAACAGGAAGAAAUUUAUUAAUAGGAAAUAGGAACCUUCGAAUCGAAAUAAAAGAUGAUUUUUCCAACACUAAACUAUGUUCUGUGAAAAUGAAGGUUUCAUCUGACGAGGCAAUAAGAUGUGUUCCGGAGCCCGGUAACAGAACAGGACCCCAUAUAAUAAAGGUUUUGUUUGAUAAUACAUCAGUUAGGACAUUACAGAACAUGAGUUUGACUUACCUGUCUGAUCCUGUAGUGCAGAGAACAGAACCGUCAGAGUUAAAGAGUAUUUACAGUGGAGGGUUAAGCUUUGCAGUUAUCGGUAGCGGCUUUGUAGAAGUUAUUGAUGAGUUGACAGUACACUUUUCUGAUCACAAAGGAAAGGACAAGAAUUUGUGUUUGAGAAUAAAUAUGAAUCGUCUCACAUGUAAAUUCCCCCAUUUUCCAAGAUGGCUGCCAGAUAAUAGCUCUAGUAUUGAAACACUCCAACUUUCCUUGGACGGUUUUUCAACCACUUUGCAGCCAUAUGUGCUGUAUGUUAACGAUCCUAUCUUCUUUUCCUUCAAUGGAUACCGAUCUUAUAGUUUCGAUCCUGCCUCAGAAGGAAACCAAAUUACUAUCACGGGUGAAAAUUUAGAUGCUGUUGCAACUAAAGAUGAUUAUUAUAUUCGAGUUGGGUCAGGGGCAUGCAUACUAACAGAUCUGCAGAGUUCUAGUCUCACGUGUACACCUCCCUAUAUAGAGCCAGCACCGCUAUCAACUGAGGAGAAAUUGUUUAUAAGAGUUGAAGUAGGAUUCCUCUCCAUAGUUGUUGGUGAUUUGAUUUAUCCGUCGUCCACAUGGUACAUUAUUAUAACUGUAAGCAUCACUGUUGUGUUUGUCGGUGUUGUAACAAUUGCCGUUCUUAGAUGGAGGAAACUUAAGUCCAGGAAGACAAAAGAAGCUCAAAAUUAUGUUCAAAAUGCGCAAGUUUCAGGAUACGAAAUGCUGGGAAUAAAUCGAGAUAAAACUGAUAAACAUGGAAUUGAUGAAAGUAUAGUGGACCUCCUGAAAAGUAAAGGUUUGCUUAUCUCUCCCGAUGACAUCAAAAUCGGAGAUUGUGUUGGAAAAGGGAACUUUGGGAUCGUCUAUGAUGGAACAUGGACCAAAACAGUGGAAAAUAAUGAAGUUAAAGUGGCAAUCAAGUCCUUACACCAUAAGGAAUCACAAGAUAUAGACGUCAAUGAGUUUGUAAAUGAAGCUUUACAAAUGGCUGAUUUCCACCAUCCAAAUGUGAUGACGUUAAUUGGAAUUUGCCUUUCAAGUGAAAUGCCACUAGUGAUUUUGCCAUUUAUGGGUCAUGGAGAUAUGUUAACAUAUAUCAGAGAUAAAAACAAUGUGAUGACACUUUUGAACAUUUUACAAUUUGGCGCUGAUAUUGCCAGGGGUAUGGAAUACCUGACUUUACAAAGAGUAGUGCAUCGUGACUUAGCUGCAAGAAAUUGCAUGCUUGGUGAUGACAAAACUGUAGUAGUAGCAGACUUUGGGCUGUCACGUGAUAUUUAUGAGAAAAAUUACUACUGUAUAAGUAAUAAGAACUGUAAGUUGCCGGUGAAAUGGAUGGCUCCUGAAAGUCUCGAGAAAGGACUCUUCACAUCCCAGUCAGACGUGUGGGCUUUUGGUGUGGUGCUUUGGGAACUGGUAACAAGGGGAAAUAAGCCAUACCCGGAAGUAGACGGAUGGGACAUGCUCAGAUUUUUAAAAAUGAACAGGAAGUUGCCACAGCCUCAGUAUUGUCCAGAUGUGUUAUACUCUGUUAUGUCAAGAUGUUGGGAUCUAGACCCCGACAGAAGACCAACAUUUUCCGACCUCGUCAGUGAACUGACCAGAUUAACAACUCCAUCCUCCGAUGAUAAUUAUCUGGAACCUACCUUUACUUAUGAGCGACUUCAGAAUACCUAUGUAAAUGUUGAACUAGGGAUAGACUACCUCGAUCUGCACUGAAAAAUUUAAUUUACUAUUGUUAAGAACAAUGUCAUUGAUCUUUUAACCUUCUUGAAUCAGGGAAAAAAGUAAAGUGUUGU